CCCUUCAUUUUACAACGUAUUAUCUCACAGCAAUUGUUACCUUUUAAUUUGGCUUUCAAAUUUUCAACUCAUAUUAUGGAGUGCAUUUCCAAUAAGCAUUCUUCUGUUCCCUUCAUUUUGCUAAUACUCCUUUGUCCUCUAGUACGCUGCCAACUAAGUUAUGACUUCUAUUUGGCAACUUGUCCAACCCUCACACAUGUUGUUCGAAGCACACUCGUUUUAGCUAUGUUCCAAGAACCAAGAAUUGCAGCUUCUCUCUUGCGCCUUCAUUUCCAUGAUUGUUUUGCCAAUGGAUGUGAUGGAUCCGUUCUACUUGAUGAUACCGGCAAUUUUACAGGGGAGAAAACUGCAGUGCCUAAUCGAAAUUCAAUCAGAGGAUUUGAGGUCAUUGACGUAAUCAAGUAUAAAAUAGAGCGUGAAUGUCCAUCCACCGUGUCAUGUGCUGAUAUACUAGCUCUAGUAGCGAGAGAAGCUGUUAAUCUUAGUAUAGGACCAUAUUGGCAGCCAGCACUUCUUGGUCGUAGAGAUGGCACAACAGCAAGCUUUAACGAGGCUAGUGAGUUGCCUUCACCCUUUGACACCCUUCAAAACAAUACCAACAAGUUCAUUUCCAAGGGUCUUGACAUUAAGGAUUUAGUAGUGCUCUCAGGAGCUCACACCAUAGGCUUUGCUCAUUGCUCUACAUUCAAGCAAAGGCUCUUCAACUUUAGUGGCACUGGCAAACCCGAUCCAUCACUAGAUCCUUCACUUUUACAGAAUUUACAGAGACUAUGUCCAGAUAAUAGUUCUGACAGCAAUUUGGCUCCAUUGGAUGCAAUCACUACAAACUUGUUUGACAACACGUAUUACAAAAACAUUGUGAAUAAAUUAGGGCUACUUCACACAGAUGAGGCACUUAUGAGUCAUAACAUAACUGCUUCAUUGGUGAUCAAGUAUAGCAAGAGGCCAAGUGGUGAGUUAUGCUUUUACAAGGACUUUGAUGCGUCUCUUGAGAAAAUGAGCCUCAUAGGUGUACUUACAGGACAAUUCGGGGAGAUAAGGAAAAACUGCAGGGUGGUCAACUAGAAACCUAUUUGCAUGUGUUUCAAUCCUUUAUCAAAUACAGAUACGUGUGAAUGCAUUAUAGAUAGAAGAGGAAUUAUUGUAGACUUCAUAUAUCAAGAAUCAUCCUAAGUUUGUAAAACAACUAGAAGUUUGGAAACUUUUUUUAUUUUUCUGGAAAAUAAAAAUAAAUGUGACACUUUCUCCAUGCAAUAAUUAAUAUUAUUUCAGUUUCAAGGU